UACUUUCCUUUUUCUCCAUUUUUUCCGUCACUUUACUCUCUAUUUCUUCAGUCGUUAAUGGCUGCACCCCUUUUCCUUAUUCCUCAACUCUUAUGUUCCAUUUGACUCUCUCUCUUUGGUCGGUGAGAAUACCUAUGAAUCCAAGAAAGGCUCCCAUCAAAGAAAGCUCUGGAUUUUGACGUCGAUUGUUUUCUUCCAUUGAAAUUUCUCACAACAACACUCAUCUAUAGACUUAGAAUCUUACAAUUUACAACCCAAUAAGCAAAAGUUGUUCCUUUUUACUGAUCUCUAGUGUUUAAAGAUUCUUUCCCUGUGAUGACUUUUUUCCUUUUGGGUAUCUCUAUCUUCAUCUGGGUUUUGGAAAAUUGAAGCUUUUCUCAGUUGAAACAUGCAAACAUCGUCUGUGUAAUUCGUGACUCGUGAGGGUUUACUCGUUGAUAGCUUAAGACUUUGGUGGGCUCUGAAUUUCAGGAAUUGUUGCAACAAAGGAUUCAAAGUCAUUAUGACGAAGAAAUCUAGUCGGCCACAGAAAAAUGAUAGAGAACAAGUUAAGUGUAUAUGUAGUUUCAUUAGUGUGUUCGAUUUUCGCAUUCGUUGGUCAACUCGAAAGCUAAUUUCAGAACAGAAACAUGAGAUUCAGACAAUAAAGACGGAUAAGGUUAGUGUCAAGGAUAUUGUUCAGAAAGAGAUGUGUUUUGAAGAAGAAGAAGAAGAGAAAGGGAAUUCUUCUGAUCUGGGUGAGACUGUUAAGGAAAUUGUUAACGAUCUUCAGAAACCAAGUUCUAAGAAAGAACUGAUUUCAAAAAUCUUGAAUGAUCUUAGCUUUAAUGAGGUUGAAUCAUUGGCUGGUGUGAAUACUCAGAAGAAUCGUAAUUUAUUCAGAAGAAAACGCAAACCUCGGUUGGAGAUUUCAAACCGAAUUGUUAUUCUGAAGCCUGGAUCGUCAAGAAAGCUCAGUUCAGGCUUGUCAUCUGAUCUAGAGAAGAAAGGUAAUAAAACUGAAAGAUUUUCUUCACAAUUCUCGUUUACUGAAAUCAAGAAGAAGUUAAAACACGCGAUUACAAAGGAUCGUAAUCGAAUCCCUUACCAAAGGCUGGUUGAAAACACUGAAAAGAACACUGUCAAAGGAAAUCUAGGAUGGAAUUCUCCAACCAGGGAUCAUUUCUUUCAUGAGAGGUUUAUCAUGCCUGUUUUUGGCUCCAAGAAGGAACAAGACAAAGCUGGAGCUAGAAAUUUGAAGGACGAGGGCCAAAAACGUCUGUCUGAGAUGAUUCUAACAAGUGGAGACGAUGAAAUUGUGAACCUUUCAAAUCCUGAAGCUUCUGAAACAUUUGAACACAAUGAUAUUCUAGGUUCUUGUGAGAAGACAACGUUUGACUGUCAAACUCUGUCCAGACUGAAGAUUUCAAAAUCAACCGAUUUGUUCCUUGGAAGAGAAUGUGAUACAUCUGACGUUUCAGAGAUAGAACUUAGCAGUUUUGAUCUAACUUGUUUUCAAAAGAUGGAUCUAUUUCAAGAGGAUGAAUCAUUGUUAACAUCUCCCACGACUCAUCAUUCAAUCCCCCCAAACGUUGAUGUUCUAGAAUGUUCCAGUAUGAGACCGGAGAGGCUCAGUCCUAUCUCUGUUCUUGAGUCAAUAGUUGCUGAUGAUGAUAGUGUCAGCCCACCAACAGCUAAAUCUACUAAAAGAACAGUUGAGCCAAGACGAUUUUCAUUUGAAGAAACCGUUAAUGAUCCAGUAGUUUGUAUCGGGAACCGUUUGGCAGAUGAAGAAUCAGCAUUCGAGUAUGUGGAGGCCGUACUUCUAGCUUCCGGUAUAAACUGGGACGAGUUUCUCUCUCGAUGGAUUUCUUCAGAUCCCAUACUAGACUCUUCGUUGUUUCAUGAAGUGGAAUUGUUCUCCAGCCGUAGUUUGCACGACCAGAAGGUCCUGUUUGACUGUACAAAUGAAAUCCUCGAUGACAUCUGUGAACGCUACUUUAGUCGAUAUCCAAAUGUGGUGUUAUGUAGACCGGCGGGAGAAGAUGUAAUCCGAGAGGUGUGGAAAGGAGUUGAUUCGAACCUCUCCUGGCCUACACCGUUUACUACUUUGGACGAUGCGGUUAAAAGGGAUAUGGAGAAGAACAGGGAAUGGACGAGCCUUCAAUCGGAAACUGAAAAAGUUGGAAUCGAUAUUGAAGAAAUAAUUCUUGAACAACUUAUGGAAGACACUAUAUUAUGCAUUCCUAAUGAAGUUGUUCAUGCAAUCAAUUAAGUAAAUCUAAUAUCAUUGACAUUAUUGUUUAUACUAUACUUUUCCUUUUUUUUGUAAUGUGUUUUUCAAUGCCAUGAUUCUAUUGUAAAUAGGUGAAAUGAUGAAUGUGUGUGUUUCAAG